UAUCCGAGUUAAAAAUAUAUAAUAUUGUAUUAACACAUGUUUAACAUUCUCAUCCGUUUAAAUUUAUUAAAAUAUUUAAAUCUCUAAACAUUCACUAUGAAACUGAACGUGGCAUAUCCAGCUACUGGAGCUCAAAAGAUGAUCGAAAUUGAUGAUGAAAGAAAAAUGAACAUAUUUUAUGAAAAGAGAAUGGCUGCUGAAAUUAAUGCCGACCCUCUAGGGGAGGAAUGGAAAGGAUAUGUAUUGAAAAUCUCAGGUGGUAAUGACAAACAAGGGUUUCCUAUGAAACAAGGUGUUCUGACUAAUGGCAGAGUUCGAUUAUUGCUGUCAAAAGGGCACACAUGUUAUAGACCUAGAAGGAAAGGUGAAAGAAAAAGAAAAUCAGUUAGAGGUUGUAUAGUUGACUCCAACCUUAGUGUAUUAUCACUUGUUAUACUUAAAAAAGGUGAGAAGGAUAUUCCAGGCUUGACUGAUAAACAAAUACCCAGAAGGUUAGGACCCAAAAGAGCAAACAAGAUAAGAAAACUUUUUAAUUUAACCAAGGAAGAUGAUGUCAGACAGUAUGUUAUCAAAAGGCCUCUACCUAUUAAAGAAGGUGCCAAAUCCACCAAGCCUCGCUUCAAAGCCCCUAAGAUACAACGGCUUGUCACUCCAUCGAGAAUCCAAAGAAAACGUCGUGAAAUGGCUGAAAAACGACAUCGCGCCACUCGCCGUGAAGCGGAAGCGGCAGAAUACGAGCGAAUGCUGCAGACCAUUCGACGGGAAAAAAUGGCUCGUCGAAAAACCGAACACGACUCUCGCAAACGCAGAAGGACGGCCACUACAACAGAAAGUGAUAAGGAAGCUAGUUCCCAUAUGUCAAAACGAAAGAUCGUGUCAGAAGCAGAAAAAAGUAAAAAACAGGAAACGACAGAAAAGAAGCAGACAUUGACAGAAAAAAAGCCCACAACGACAGAGAAAAAGCCCACAACGUCAGAAAAAAAGGCGACAACUGAUAAAAAACAGGUACCAGCGAAAUCCUCAGUUCCAGCUGGCGGUAAGGUCAAAAAGGCUAAGGGCAAGAAAUGAUACUGAGAUAAAAUUAUAUCAUUUUGCAAAGUGUCGACCAUAUUAUAAAUAUAAUUUAUCUUGAAUGAAUAGCGUUUUUAUUAAACAUGUUUAUAAAAGAUAUAUCGAAUAUUUGGGAUAAUAAAAA